GAGAGAGAGGAAGGUCGCGCUCGUGUGACGGCAACAACGACGGUGACAACGACGACGGCGGCGGCGAUUACCGCCGAGCUCGCACGUCGUUGGCGGCGACAGCGGCGGCGGCGACUGCGUUCUGUUAUUAUUUUGCCGCGGUGCUUUUGACCCUACGUACACUGGGCGAGUUCAUUGCGACGCUCAAGCGGGGGGUGUCAGCCGGUAGUACACGUCCGCACCGCGCUCUUCUCCUCCGUCGCCUCUCCCCCUCCCCCAUCCGUCUGGCGGCAGCGCCGGCGUCGACGGAGGCGGCGGGCGCCUCGUGAUCGAGGUCGAGGAAGAACGCCGGAAGAUCGGGGCGCGUCCUUAAGGCGCCCGGUCGGUCCCGUGGGGUCCGGGGACCCCCUCAGUCUCCACUUGGAGGAAGAGGAGGAGGAGAAUUUCCAUUUUCGCGUCGCGUCGAAAAAUCGUGAAAAUCAUCGCCGAGUACGGCCAGGCGAUCGGCGAGCCAUCGUGGGAUUUCGCGCUGCACGCGGUGACGCCGACGACCAUAACCUGAAAGACCGGACAACGCGCGCGCUCUCCAACUGUCAGAUCCCCGACUCCGCUCGGCUGUCAAACGCGACUGUUCUUCGCGGCAGCUCGACUUGCUUUUCGGCGACGAGCGAGGGAGUCGUUCCGUGCGUUCGCGAGCGAAGCCGCGUCGCGUCGUUUUCGCGCUCGAAAAGUUGGCGCGCGAAUCAGCGCGCGUUGACAGCUCGGCGAUAAGGUGAUUCUCCUCCCGCCAGUGCACAUCUCGGAGAGAUAUACAUAUAUAUAUAUAUAUAUUCAGUUUUCAUUCCCCCCUCCCCCCACGUUCUGUGAAGUGAAGUGCGCGACUGUUAAAUCUGUGAAACGUACGUGAUGUGUGUGCCGCGUAUGUAACACACCCACACACGCAUACAUACACAUAUCUGUAUGAUUGAGUGCGCCCGGUAGUGCGGGUUUUCUUCCUCGUCGUCGUGCGCCGAGUGUUUUUCUCCUCCUCGAGAUUCUACCCCCGUCUGGUACCUCGUCUCCUGUUCCACGGUGUCGUCGGGAUCGUCCGAGGGGAGGAUCGAAGAGGGAAAAACGCGUUCCCGCCUGUGCGAGAGAGAGAGGAGCCGCGUCCAAGGUGUUAUCGCAUUAUCCCGCCGCCGAUUUGCAGCAUGAAGGCUGACAGCGACGCGAAGUGAAUAGGCGGUCCACUCCUCACUUCCCCCUUUCGAAAUACGCACCUGCUAACAAACAGAAAAACGAAGGCUGAACCCUCUGACUGUAUACAUAUAUAUUUAGGAAAAGGAAAAGAAAAAAAGACCGCAACGGAUCACCGCCAAACGUUAGUAAAAGUUUAGUCAAAGUGUGAGAGCGAGCGAACGAGAUAAAAAAAAAUAUAUAUAUACAUACAUAAUACACAUAUAUGUAUAUAUAUUAUAGAAAGAGAAAACACGAGAGAGAGAACGGGAGAAACACAAGAUACAUAUAAAAAUAAAUAUAUGUAUAUACAUAUAUAUAUAUAUAUAAAUAUAAGAGAAGACGAGUCUCUCGUGAGUGUGCGUGUAAAUAAGAGCUAUUUUUCGUAUGAGAGCGAGAAAAACGCGCCCUAGCCGACGAGAAGCGGGAAGCGAAACGUUCAAGAGUAGUUCCCUCGAACGAGGGGAAGAUUCAAGGUGCUUCUCCUGAAGAAGAGGGCCGAAUCGUCGGGUGAAAGACAGCAAGACGACGAAGACGACGACGAAAGAGAGCGAAAGGAUACGUCACGUCACAGUUGUUUGGACGUUGUUUCGAUGCUCCCCAAUCUGGAUCGCCAGUGUUUCUCCCUCCUACAGAGGAGUAGUCUCUCUCACGGGGGCUGACCGGGCCGAUAUAUUGGCGUAGGAAUCGUCGAGAAAGAGGCGAACGCGAAUAAUCGCGGAUAAAGCCAAGAACCGAGAAAGGGGAGAGGAAGGGGAGAGGAAAAAAGGAAGAGGAAAUAUAGAGAGCAGUUGCGUGUGCGGCAUCGAGAGAGGACCGGCUCCAUGUUGUGAGCGUCUGAGGACUGCCGAGGGCAGCAGCGAAAGGGCGGAGUAGGGUGCCACCGCCGUUAUGGAGUACGGUGGCGGGGGCGGUGGGGCACGCGGAGGUGUCCAGCCACCCUCCGCGGGGGCGAGGGGCAUCGCCGGAACUGACACUACCGACGCUGCGUGGCACAAACACGAACAAAUGAUGCUCAUGGAGUCCAGGCACAAGCAACAAUUGAGCGGGAGGACGGGGACCGGCGGUGCGCCCCUUUACGGGCGCCUGGUGGCCGAGGAGCCCAUGCCCUCCGCGGUAUGCGGUGGUGCUGGUGCCACGGGCGGCGGGGCUGCCGGCGGGGUCCCGCAGGAGACCCCCUCGGACAUUCACGCCAUGCAGGCCAGGAUACCCCACAGAUUUCGCGAUCCAGCGACGGCGCCCCUCAGGAAACUCAGCGUCGACCUCAUCAAGACCUACAAACACAUCAACGAGGUUUACUAUGCGAAGAAGAAAAGGAGGGCACAGCAGAUGCAAGGAGAGGAUGGCUCACAUAAAAAAGAGAGGAAACUCUACAACGAUGGCUGGGACGACGAUAAUCACGAUUAUAUUAUCAAGAAUGGGGAAAAGUUCCUCGAUCGAUACGAGAUCGAUUCAUUAAUAGGUAAAGGCAGUUUUGGCCAAGUAGUGAAAGCGUUUGAUCACGAAGAGCAGACGCAAGUGGCAAUAAAAAUCAUCAAGAACAAGAAGCCUUUUCUAAAUCAAGCGCAAAUUGAAGUUAGGCUAUUGGAAAUGAUGAACAGAGCGGAUACCGACAACAAGUAUUAUAUAGUUAAACUAAAGAGGCAUUUUAUGUGGCGAAAUCACUUAUGUCUGGUGUUCGAGCUGCUGUCGUAUAAUCUGUAUGACCUACUUAGAAAUACGAAUUUCCGAGGAGUGUCAUUAAAUCUGACAAGAAAGUUUGCACAGCAACUGUGUACUGCCCUCUUGUUCCUGUCUACACCGGAAUUGAACAUCAUUCACUGUGAUCUGAAACCCGAAAACAUCCUUUUAUGCAAUCCCAAACGAAGUGCGAUAAAGAUAGUCGACUUUGGUAGUUCAUGUCAACUUGGACAAAGAAUAUAUCAGUAUAUUCAGUCCAGGUUCUACAGAUCACCAGAAGUUCUAUUAGGAAUACCUUAUGACCUCGCGAUAGACAUGUGGAGUCUGGGAUGUAUUUUAGUAGAAAUGCACACGGGAGAACCUUUAUUUAGUGGGGCCAAUGAGGUCGAUCAAAUGAACAAAAUUGUAGAAGUACUAGGAAUGCCGCCGAAACAUAUAUUGGACCAAGCGCACAAGGCGCGGAAGUACUUUGACAAAGUCCCCACGGAUGGCUCGUAUGUGCUGAAAAAAUCCAAGGAUGGUAAAAAAUACAAACCUCCUGGCACGAGGCGCUUACACGAUAUUCUAGGUGUUGAGAGCGGCGGCCCCGGCGGCAGGAGGAUAGGAGAACCGGGUCACUCGAUGUCCGAUUAUCUCAAGUUCAAAGACCUAAUCGUACGGAUGUUGGAUUUCGAUCCGAAGACGAGGGUAACGCCGUAUUAUGCGCUCCAACACAACUUCUUUAAGAGGACGGCCGAUGAGGGGACCAACACGAAUGUCGCUGCUGCCAAUAGCGCGAGCACGAGUCCGGCAGUGGUGUCGAUGAGCCAGGAUCACGGACUGGUAACCAUGUCGGGACAGGGUGGCAGCGGCAGCAGCAGCAGCGGCGGCAGUCUGCAGCAGAUGCAGGCGUCGAGUCUCCCUGGUGGCGGUUAUCAACCCAUGGACUGCGAGUCCUCGCCUCGUCACACGGGCGGUCGGCGUGCCAUAACAACGGGCUACCCAUCGACAUCGGCCGGGGCGCCCGCGUCAGCCCCGAUGACGACGUCCAUGCAAUCCAUGGACAGCUCCCUGAUACAGAGCUCCCUUGGAUCGUACAAUAGCCUAAUUCUUCCUAAUAUACCCCAUCUGCCCGCGAUGAUGACCUCGCCGAUGAUUCAGCAGCAGAACUUCUACAACUACGGCUACUCGACCGCCGACGCGCAUGGGAUGGUCAGACAACCAUCGACGGUGUCGACCGGUAACCAGCGAGAUCCAGCGGAGAGGGAAGAUAGCCCGAUGGUCGGUGUCUGCGUCCAACAGAGCCCGGUCGCUAUUCACUGAGGUGGUAGAAGUGGACAAUACAGCUGAUUGUAGGCAAUUUGCAAGAUUGGUGGAAGAGGAAGACGAUUUAGCUGAUUUAUUACCGGAUAGAGAUCGUGGCAUACUUUGAACGUUCGUCUACGCUAUGUUAUUGUCGUAGACGAAGAAAGAGGCAAGAGAAGAGGAAAAGGAAAUGGCUUGUAAACAUUUUCAAACGUCAUUCUCCGAUGCUGCUUUCUCGAAGCAUAGAGCCAAAAAAAAGAAAAAAAAGCACAUCAGUGUUCGCAAUCAGCGAUUAACUUCGACAGUGAGAAUUCAACAAAUUUUUCGGACACAUGUUGGUUUGGCUGAACAAUUCUCUGAAAAAUACAAACGAAAAAUUUCCCCGAAAAAAUCCACGAGACAAACGCAAGUCACAAAGCUCAAAUCUCUCUCUGAGAUUAAGAGAUCACAGAAGCGGAGAUGUUUACUAUAAGCUUGGCGGCGAUAACGACUGUGUGAAAAAAACCAAUGGAUAGAAAACGAGAACAUGCGAGGAAAAGAAAGGAAAAGGGAAAAUAUGGGAGAGGUAAACCUCUAUUUCUGUUACGUUGCUGUAUUUUCGUAUCUUUUAUCGAGCUGACUGGCCCUACACAUUGAGCGUGGAUAUUAUUACAUGUCUAACACGGAUGAUUGACGAAAGCUUCGAGCACGGACAGGUGGUAAUGGUCUAGUGAGGAUGAACCCAGCUGGCCUCUCGGGUCCUGCCCGAUUUCCACGAACACUCUGAGCAGUUUUUAGAGAAAACAACUCUGAGCGGGAAAACUUUCGGCAAUCAAACUGUGUGGCCUAGAGAGCGAAAAAGUGAUAAUUACUAUUAUUACUGUGUAAAAGAAAAAAAAGAAGGAAAAGUAAGAAUUACCAAUGUAAGCAUGUACUCCAAUAGAGUUUUAUACACGAUGUCACGGAUGUAAACAGUUUAGCAAGUACUUGCGAGCAAACAGUCGCGUUGACUAGUUAUUUGUACAAUACACUUAGAAUGAAUGAUAAGAGUGCAGCUUUAGGAUUUAGCUUUUAAGUGUGAAGAGGUAACACAUACAUUCACUUAUCCACCCAUCCAUACCUACACAUACAUAUACAUACACACACGUACACAAGACAAUGUAAACUCAAUCAUUUUAUUUACUUUAAUGAAAAUACAAGGAUGCAAGUUGCGAACGUCAGUUUGUUGUUGAGCAAGGACUUUAAACAAACGGGGUUCGCGCGGCUUAACAACAAUACAUAUUUAUACAUAAAAAAAAAACAGUAAUAAGAAAGUUAAAAAACAGCAUACACGUAAGAUCGAUCAAGAAUGGAAUAUAAUCAUAUGAGAAAUCUAGAUACUUUAUAAUAAACAAUACGCGCGUAUACUCUCACAUGCAUACGUUUCCAACGCCAAUCGUCAUUGAUUUUUGCCGUUUUGCUCCGAUGGUCGCUUAUGCCAUUCGCAUCGAUCAUUAUAUUAGCCUCUUUGUACACAAGAUUUGAUUUUUAUUCGGCCAUGAAAUGGUUUUUAAUCAAUUAAAUGUGAUCCCUUUCGAUUAUUGACAUAUUGUAAAACUAGAUGACGAACAAAAAGAUAGAAGCCAAUAAUUUCUUUCUUAUUGUCAACGCGCAAUCGUACAUUUCGUUGUGAAACUACCAAUUGUAAAAGUGUAGUAUUAGUACCUGAAGGCAGACCAUUAAAAUGCAACCGUAAUAAAUUCCUCUACACAGCCCAGAUAAGUUAUGAAAGAAAAAGAAGAGAAUAAAAAAAUACGACACUUUUAAUAGAAACUAUAAUAAUAUACGCUGUAAAGAGAAAGAAAUCUUAAAGAAUUAUGCAUGUUGCUUUUUUCGUAAUCACGAUAGCAAAAAAAAAUGUGGAAAUACUUAAAUCUGUUUACGAAAUAUAUUUUAUAUAAUUGCGGCUUUUUAUACUUCCAUACAUAUACGAAAGAAAAAAAGAAUGCUCCACGGAGACCUAAGAUUUAGAUAAUAAUUUAUCUGUAUGCUAUUUAUUAUAUUAUAUAUAAGAUAAACGCGGAAUCAUUUUGUUGACGGAUCGUAUCGAUUUACUGUGUAGCUACUUUAGGACAUUCUAGAUCUAAUUUUAAUUGCUUUAUGAGAGGUCUCGUAAAAAUAAAGCUGCAUGUAUAAUUCCUAAUCCGUCAUCUUUAACGUUUUAAUUGCUAUAUUUUUCUUUUUUUGUACACAAAUUUUAACGCGUAGAUAGCGGCGGCUAUAAGCACCGUAUUUCGUCUGCAUGACCGCGACUGUUGUCAAAAGAGCUUGGCUAAAAAAAAAAGAAAAAAAAAAGAAAAAGGUAUUAGACGACCAAGAGGAUUCUUACAAUGUAUUUUCUGGACAAGUAAUAAUGAGAGUCUCACUGUGAAGUUUAGAUUUGAAUUUUUCUUGUUGUAUUAGUUGUAAAUAUAUAUAUGAGAGAAAUAUAAAAUACUUUUUCGAGUAGAGCUGAGAAGUCUAACGUUUCACAAGCCAUUCGAUCUGCUAAGAAUCAUUUUCUUCAUGCGGCCUUUCGAAUGAUUUGUAUAUUUUUAUACACCUGCAACACAGAAACAUUUGCGGAUACGUUUGAACAAGAUUUCACACGCGCGCGAAACGUUCUAUAUUGCAACUCAGAUGUUGAGGUUUGUUAUACUCGAAUUUAUACUAAGUUACCGAGCGAAAACAAAUUUUCUAACAGUAAUAAUGUAAAUCUCCAACGGAUAAAUAGAAAAUACGAUACGCCCUAAAACCUGUAUCAUAAAUGUUUUUAUAAUGCAUCCAGAUUUACGGCAAUCAGUGCUUAAGAUACGUUAAAAAAUUCAAAGAGUCGUAAUGAAUCUGUGUUGUGAUUAGAUAGCUCGAAAGCAAUGCUUAAAAAAAAAAGAAUAGAGAGAUUCACUGUGACAUAAUAAAUAUACUUAAAAAAAGAGAAAAAAAAACUCCACAAAAAUUAUCCAAAACUUUAAACAGAAUAUGUCGCGCACCUUACCUCAAUGAUCUUUUUUAAUAAUUUCAGCAGUUGGAAAAAAAAAGUUGUACAGGAUAAUAUAAUUUAUUAGAAUGUGGAGAGAAAGAGAGAGAGUGAGAGUGAGAGUGAGCGAGAGAGAAAGAGAGAAAGAGAAAGAGAGCGAAAUUAAACGGGCGGAACGUUCGGAAUUUUCUGUGACAAGUUUUAAGCGUUCCUCGCGAAAGAAUAUCCUGUUGAACGGCAAAAAUCAGUACGCUCUAUAAGAUAUAGAUAAUGUCGCGUGUAAGAUAUCACAACGCACGAGCCUUCUUCCGAAUUCCGAUUGUUACAAACUUAACGCUGUGCUCACCAGUUCCAAAAACAAACAUGGUGUUCAUAACAUUAUUCGCGCAGAGAAUCGAAUCGCGAUCGUAUUUUCCAAGCUAUACAGAACUAUUUUUUAUCGUCCAGAAAUAGAAAAAGAGAGAUAUCUCUCUUGAAUCUCGUUCGUCGGUGACUUUGUUUCGUGACAAGGUAUCCACAUCUAAGAUAAUCCUUCCAUGUCGGAUGAUUCGUAUACACACAAGGGCGAUAUAUCGCUCGAUGCUGGUCUCUUUUUCUUCAGCCAAUAUCAAGAGAACAUGCACAAUUUCCACGAUGGGCUCCUGGGCACAGCGUCACGUUUAGUAAAAAAUUCAUAGCUCUUGUGUGCUUUGGACAAUUGUUGAUUUUAAUUGAAAAUAAUUAUUGUUUUUCUUUUUCUUUAAACACCUGUAUAGAGAAACAAAGUGAUCGAUUAGAUAUAAUGAUGCGAAACCUAGCGCGAUUUAACGACCGCCGUCAUUCGGACGGAUAAAUUUAGGGACAAUUUUUUUUUUCGCAUAGUGCGCGAAGAGAAAGGCCACGAUAGGUACGACAUUCGGAGAUGGAGCAUUCGAAUGAAAGCAAGCUAGAGAGAUCUGUAAAAUAUUGAAAGCGUAAACGAGCGUGCCGAACGUGGCUGUGCGAAUAAUAAGAGGAUCUUUAUUUGCCACGUAAACGCGACGAAAUGCGUUUUAAACGUAUGUUUAGUAGUCUCCCAAUAUGGAAAAGAGAGGACCCGCGAUGAGCAGAACGAAAAAAGAACUUCCCUUAAGAUUCCUUUCGCUUUUUCCGAUGUAUGCGCGUCUUCAUUUUCGAGAAUCACCGUCUCUUGGAAUUUGUUCACUCAACAACUGUCGCAAAAAUGCAAAGUAUUUAAGCCAAUUAGCAGACAGCAGAGAUGUAUACAUUUAAUAACGUAAGAGCUAGCCGCGAUUCAUGUUCCAGUGAUUUAUUUCGCUGUAUUUCAAGUUAUACACAUAUACUAUGUAUAUAUUGUUUUUCAUGUAGGAGAAACUCUUAAGAUCAGAAUGAUGAUGAAAGAAAAAAUGGUAUAUGUCGAAAAAUUAUGUUUUAAUUAUAUGUAUCUUGGUCCGCAGAUAAAUGUGUAUGCGAUACAUACUUUUGUAUUUACUGUAGUGUUAAUUAUUCAUAUUAUAUAUUUUUUUAGUGUUUAUAAUGCAACUUUUCGACGGAUUUUCUUCAUUAUUUGCCGUUCAAAUGUAACUUUUUCAAAUCUCGUCUUUCUUCGCAUUCGUCAAUUGUAAUUUGAAAAUUAUAAACAUAAAAAAAUAUAUCUCUUAUACAUGUGCACACGUUAUACAUGUGCCUGUAUUUUUUCAAAUAAUUAUACAGAUUUAUUUAUUUAUUUUUUUUUAUUUUAACUUCUCUACUCAUAUAUACUACAAGGUACGUUCGAAAUUGCGGUACAACAGCUGAUUGUAGAUAACUGACCAUGAUUUUUGAACGCAGCCAGUAUUAUAUUAAAUAAUUUUUUUAUAAUUCCAACGAAUGAAUCAGGCAACUGGUUUGUUUUUUUAAUUUUCGAUCGUAUCAUUCGUUACAUAACAUAUUCGUCAAUUAUCGUUUAUUAAUGUCUACACCUAUGAUGAUUCUUUUGUUUGCAUUUUUUUUUUUUUUUUUUGACAAUUUUAUGAUUUGACGUAAAAUUUCAUAUUUAUCUAAUAUAUCUAAUGCAAUAUAUAUAUAUGUGUGUGUGUGUGUAUGUGUAUAUGCGUGUUUGUACAAGCGGUCUUUGUAAAAGUCCGUUUAUGAAGCUCGCGCUCGCGAAUCUUAAUUCCGGAAUCACUGGAACAUGUGUCGCGGCGGGGAAAUAAAGUAACUUAAGUUUCCUAACGUCAUGUGUAAAAGCAUUGUGUUCAGAAACAAAUAUAACUAUAAUAUGACUGAUGCGCCUGAGAGGCGAUAUGCGAGCGUCCUUUGAGAAUUAAGUAUGCGAGAGAGAGAGAGAGAGAAGUAAUGUGAUGUUUUGAUGAUGUCUCGUUUGGCGCAAUGGCAUGCACCACAAGCGGGACAAAAAAA